UCUCUCCUUAUAUCAACAGAACAUUUUCAUCAUACCAUCAACAAUCACUUUACAUCUAUAAUUUUCCAUGUUAUACGAACUUAACCAUACAGUUCUGUGUUACUCUUUUAUAUAUAGUCACUUAUGACUAAAGCAAUUCUCACCCUUUUCUUCCUGCUCUUGUCCCUCUCAGCGGGGAUUCUGACGUUAGCAGAUGAACAGAAGACCUGGUGUGUGGCUAAACCUUCGUCAGAGGACAUAGUACUUAACCAAAACUUGGAAUUUGCAUGUAAAAGUAAUUUUGGUUGCACUAUCUUUGGGGAGAGGGGUCCUUGUUUUUUACCAAACAAUUUGAUGAACCAUGCUUCUAUUGCCAUGAAUUUGUACUACCAAGCUAAUGGAAGGAAGCCUUAUGAUUGCAGUUUUGGUAAUUCUGGUCUCGUUGUCUUGACCGAUCCAAGUUAUGGCAGCUGCAUCUAUGCAUGAAGUCAUGAUUAGGAGAAGCAACUAAUCAUGAGGAUACAUAAAUACUAUCAUAAUUUUUUAUCAAGAAAAUUAUCUUACUUUUUCUUCUUCUUUUUCUUUUUUUUUUUUAUUCUGGUGUUCCUCAUGUUUAGUGAGCAUAUUAACAUGCACAAUGUAGUGCAAUCUCUUAGCUAUUAGUUUCUUCUUAUGCUUCACAAAAUCAAGUUCAACAACUUAUUAAUAUACUUACUUCCUUUAUAGUC